AUGUCCUCUCUCGUCGUUCCGUCCAAGCUUGCCCGCAUUAACAAAGAUGCAAGACUCAGCAACGCAGUCGCGGAUGCACGGAACCUCACAUUGGGUCGAGAAUUGUCGAGCCUCGGGCAUUCCAACGCUCGUCAUGGCUCAGCGGAUGCUAUCGACGCCACCAGAAACGGAGAUCCCCAAAGCUCUUCGAGCGAAGAUUUCGAGCCUCCAUCUUACAAGAAGCCGAGAUUGGAGCACAUGAAACCCGAAUCUAUCGCUGAGCAUUCUUCAAAACUGGAGAUAAUCGUCGCCAGACAUCCUCCCAAAGUUUUUUUGACGACUCAUGCAGAGGCCGGCCGAUCCUUAGGUCCAUCACAGGCUACGACAUCAAAUGAGACGCAACAUCCUGUGGCUUCCGACGCUGUGGAUCACCAUGGCCCCGAUGACAAGAUGGUGGAACUUGUUCGACUUCAACAGCAGCUCCUUGCUGCAAACUCCAAAAUUGCUCUCCAGGAGCAAGAGCUUGCUCAGACACGGGUUAUCAAGCAUACUCUGGACCAAGCUCUUGGGCCACCAUCCGAGGCAGAUUUCGGUGGUCGUGAGAUCACGGAACAAACAAUCAGUCAUCUUCAAAGUGCUUUCAAUGCUUCAAACCCUGCAUUCGGUCAGAUCCAGGAUGCGUGGAAUUCGCAAGAGGACUCCCAGUCCGAUAUCUCCGACGCCUUGUCUGCUGGGGGCUACAAUCGUGCUCGGGCACCAUGGAAUCCGCAGGGUCAGACCUCAUUCGGAGUCGCAACCAACGAUACUCCUUUCGACAAAGCCUAUGGCGAAGCUUUCCACGGCCCUAAUGUUACUGCCCAGGAGUUGAAUCGAUUUUGGGGUGGACCGGGUGGCUCAACUGCAUAUCCUGCAUUCGGGUCCCACGGGACGAUAAAACCGCAGAGGGUUCUAUCAGGCCCUUCGACCGGUGCAUACGGCUUUUACUCGAGAUCCCCAAGCGACCCAUCUCGAUACGUUCAGGCCCCGAGCCCUGUACACCGUCGGCCUAUAUCUCAGGUAAGCCGGACUGGCUUGUUUCUGCCAGCUCAGAGUUCUGCUUGGGGCGGCCUUGUUCCAGGAUCUCCUACAAACCCUGCUCCCAAAUCUCCCUCACCACCUACUGCAAGACCAUCCAGUACUUUCCAGCCCAUCAAUACCUACACAAUGACGCCUUAUCACACCAGGUCCAUGUCAACCGCUCUUUCUCCAACUGCUACCGAGUUCACAGCCGGAAACACGAACGGAGGAGCCCCGUGGACAGCUUCUUCUCCUGGUGGAAAUUCUACUCAAACCUACCUUUCACCUCUUGAACCUCUCAAUUACCGUCGUCUCCUGGACAAGAACGUUUCAUGUGACUGGAGAUACAUCAUGGACAAAAUCGUUUGCAACAACGAUCAACAAGCCUCUAUUUUCCUACAACAGAAACUCAAAGUCGGUACAACGGAACAGAAAUAUGAGAUAAUCGAAGCGAUUGUCAGUCAAGCCUACCCUUUGAUGGUGAACCGGUUUGGGAAUUUUCUGGUCCAACGAUGCUUUGAGCAUGGAACCCCCGAGCAGAUUGUAGCCAUUGCCAAUGCAAUCAGAGGCAAUACUCUCAGCCUGAGUAUGGACCCGUUUGGCUGCCAUGUGAUUCAAAAGGCGUUUGACUGCGUUCCCGAGGAAGACAAGGCUGUCAUGGUACAUGAACUUCUUCGCCGAAUCCCAGAGACGGUGAUUCAUCGGUAUGCAUGCCAUGUCUGGCAGAAACUUUUUGAACUGCGAUGGACCGGCGAGCCACCGCAAGUAAUGGCCAAAGUGAACGAAGCUCUACGUGGAAUGUGGCAUGAGGUCGCUCUAGGAGAGACGGGGAGCUUGGUAGUUCAGAAUAUUUUCGAAAACUGCGUUGAGGAGGAGAAGCGACCGGCAAUUGAAGAAGUAUUGGGGAAAGUAGAUGUACUCGCACAUGGCCAAUUCGGCAACUGGUGCAUUCAACAUGUCUGUGAGCACGGUGCACCCCAUGACAAGAGUCGCGCGAUUGAGCACGUCCUUCACCAUGCGGUCGAGUAUAGCAUGGAUCAAUUUGCGUCCAAGAUCGUCGAAAAGUGUUUGAAAAUUGGAGGCUCGGAAUUUCUAGAUCGUUUUCUCUCCCGCGUUUGCACAGGUCGUGCCGACCGACCUCGGAUGCCUUUGAUCGACAUUGCAGGUGAUCAAUAUGGAAACUACUUGAUCCAAUGGAUUCUCAUGAAUGCUGCACCUCAUCAGCGUGAGCUCGUUGCUAGCCACAUCCGCAAGCAUAUGGUUUCCCUUCGUGGUUCGAAGUUUGGUUCCCGUGUUGCCAUGCUCUGUUGCAACCCAUCCCAUGCCACGCGUCCUGGACCUGGCACCGGCAUCCAAAUCGGACGAUUCAAUCAAUUCAAUGAAGACAGGUUUCCCUCAACCGGUCAAAGUGGCAAUCGGUUCAAUCGGGGAAACCAAUGGAAUGCCAACUAUGCGGCUUUCCGUUAG